CUGUGAUUGUAGGCAGUGUCGAUGGUACUACCGGAAAUGAAUGGGAGGGGCAGAAUUGGGAGUUAGUUUUUUUUUUGGUGUUUGUUUUGUUUUGUUUUUUAAAGAAAUAACAGCAGUAUUAUUUAAAGAAUAAAAUAAAGAAUUCACUUGAAAUCCGUCAGGAGUAGAGAGUCUUUUCCGCGGCGCGGCGGCAGAGAGGUUGAGCGGAUGGGAUGGAGCCGGUUGCUGCUGUCGUAGAGGAUUCGGAGGUGCAAGGAGAACCUCCUUUAGAAGCUGCCGAGUCGGAUCGGGAGGUGUACACUCACUUCAUGAAGUCGCACCGCUGCUACGACCUCGUCCCCACCAGCUCCAAGCUGGUUGUGUUCGAUACCUCGCUCCAGGUGAAGAAGGCGUUUUUCGCUCUCGUCUCGAAUGGCGUUAGGGCAGCCCCUCUGUGGGACAGCAAGAAGCAGUGCUUUGUAGGCAUGCUAACUAUUACAGACUUCAUCAAUAUCCUGCAUCGCUAUUACAAGUCACCGUUGGUUCAGAUCUAUGAGCUGGAGGAACAUAAAAUUGAAACCUGGAGAGAGUUGUAUCUACAGGACUCUUUUAAACCACUAGUGAGCAUCUCUCCCAAUGCUAGUCUGUACGAUGCUGUCUCGUCGCUGAUAAAGAAUAAAAUCCACCGGCUGCCUGUGAUCGACCCCCUGACUGGCAACACGCUGUACAUCCUCACACACAAGCGCAUCCUCAAAUUCCUCAAGCUCUUUAUUUCUGAGAUGCCGAGGCCGGAGUUCAUGAAGAAGACCCUGGAGGAGCUGAGCAUCGGCACGUUUGAUAAGAUCGCGAUGGUGCGCACCAGCACGCCUGUAUACACAGCGCUGGGCAUCUUUGUAGAGCAGCGUGUCUCUGCCCUGCCUGUGGUGGAUGAGUCGGGGCGAGUUGUGGACAUUUACUCAAAGUUUGACGUUAUUAAUCUGGCAGCUGAGAAGACGUACAAUAACCUGGACAUCACAGUGACCAAGGCUCUGCAGCACCGCUCACAGUACUUUGAGGGCGUGCUCAAGUGCUACACACACGAGACGCUGGACACCAUCAUCAGCAGGCUGGUGGAGGCAGAGGUGCACAGGCUGGUGGUGGUGGAUGAGAACGAGGUGGUGAAAGGCAUCAUCUCCCUCUCCGACAUUCUGCAGGCGCUCGUCCUCACUGGUGGAGGAGUGAAGACUGCCUGAGAAGUGUCUGUCACAGACUGCUGGAUUCAGUAACAUCACCACCAGUGUGAGACCAAACCAGGCACAUCCCACUCAGCAUCUGGGAGAGUGUUGUCCAGAAAUAAACCAUUUGUACAGCAGCUCGAUGGGUCAGGGCAGGUUAUAGAAGAGAAGCAAAGACCGGGGUGUAAUCCAAAUGAUAGCACUGCUGUAGGGACUCGCGGUUUUAACAGCACCGCAAUAUACCAUGUAUCAUAUCAAUACUAUUUUUAUAUUUAAUUCAGUCCUUUAUCAUAGCAGUAGGCAAUAGUGGAGCACAGUUUUUGGAGGCACAGGGGGUGAUGUUAUUUUUUAUAAUUUUUAACUUGUCAAGGAAAUUGCUUGACCAAAACUAUACAUUUAAUUUGUUAUUAUUAUUAUUAUUAUUAUUAUUAUUAUUAUUAUUAUUAUUAUAAGCAGUAUGCAUUUGCCCAUAUCAGCACACUAAUUGUGCUCACAUUGUCAUGCUCAUCCCUAUGAAUUAUUUUUUCUGAUUUGUGCCUGCUGAAGAAGAAACUGUAUAGAUGUGAUUAUAAAAUUCCAAAACAAAUAAAAGAAACUCCUCUCGAAAAACCUAAAACAACAGCAAGCGCCUGAAAAUGUGUAAAAGCCGUUUCGCUUCUGAUCUGGCCUUUUUAAAAUCCUGUUUUACUUUCCUUUUAGUAUCCGUCAGUGUAAACUAAAAGUAAAAUUCAAUUAAAUAUUUCGACUACAGUAGUAGUGUUUUUUUUUUAAUGUCCUCAAAUAAAAUAAAAUCAGAGACUUUAUUUGAAAUGCUUGCCGUUGAAUUUUAGUUUCUUAUUGUUUCUACUGGAUGUUUAGUAGUUCUGGGUGAGACAUCUGCAACACAAUGUGUUUAUUAAAAAGAAACUGUAUCAAUGCAUUACCUGGUACUAUAUUCUGAGUUCCACAGAAGAAAGGGGGAUGUUGGUUGAUUCAAUGUUUCUGCUUGUUAUGCUUAUUCUGCCAGGUUAUUGGUGAAUUCCUGAUAGUCACUUUUUUAAAAGGUGAUAUUAAAAAGGUUGGACUGCACACAGUAUUCUACAUUUUUUCUGUUACCAAAGAACCUUGACUUGUAUUUCUCUUUGGGCUGGGCUGUAGGUCACAAAUGAUUUGCGUCUGCAUGCUGGUUAAAGUUGCAAACUGAACCGUUGCUGAAGCAGGUGAUCCUUCCCUUGAGUCACCAUUAUUAUGUGGACCGUUGCAGUGCAGGCUAGGGGUAAUGCUGGUUAGGUUUAUGUUGCUUUUUAAAUUAAGCCUUGCACAAGGUCUGUUUUUUCUGGUAUCUCUUCAGGGGGGGAGAUAUUAAGUAAAUUAUGUUGUGUUUAUAGUGACUUAAAUAGUCCGGACAGUUUCAGUUUGAAGUGAGUUAGCGAAUGGUCAUUGCACAGUUAAGUACAAUAGUUUAAUAGUUCUGUAACCGAGGCUGUUAGGGUCCAUUGCAUAAUACAUGUCCUGUCAAUCACCAAUGUGGUGAAUUCUCACAUUGGGGAAAUAGCACAGGAGACCUGUACACUAUAGUAAAUCAUUUUAGCAUCUUUUGAAAAACUAAUCCUAGCAUUGGGGAACACUGCAUAGCACAGAGCCACGUGGAAACGAAUAGAUAAUAAUAAUGGCAGUUUACAACAAAACUGCAUUGUUUCGUAAUCUGUAUUCUGCUAAAGUGUUGAGUCCCGGUUCUUCAGUUUGUCUUCCUGUUGUGUUCUGCCCUUGCUUCUGGUUAAGAGUAGGGUUGAGAAAGGGGCUUGCUCAAACUGCAGGAGCCAGCCUUUGACUCAACCGCUGCCUAAAACACCAGCCCAUCCCUGUGUGUGCAAACUGGGUGAAACGGCCAACACUGAAAUGCAGUUUCUCCCUGUUUGUUUGUUUGUGGAUUUCAAUCCUGUCUGUUUUGUGGUGGGUUCAGUUUGUUUAAUGAGUCGGGGGAAUGCUGUAUGCUGGCUGAGUAAAUGCAUGCACAAUGAUACACUUUCUUCCCAGGGGGGAAAGAAACCGCAUGCCAUCAUAAAAAAACACUUUAUACUGUCUCAUCCUUAUGAACAGAGUCAAACAAACACCAGCUAGUGUAAUGAUACUCCCCUUCACUGUGUGUCACGGUACCACGUCUGAAGCAGUUCUUUAUGCGCUGUGUUUUACAUGGCAUAAAUAAGUAUUCAUUAAUUGAAGUUCCAUGGUAUUAGACAGUCAUAGAUAUACUUGCAGGGUGCUUGUGUGUAUCCACCAUCAGCCUGCCAUUGCAAUUGUGUAAGUGGAGGAUGUUUAUCAAGACAUGUUUCCUGCUACAGCAAAUAUAUUUAAUAUUUUAAAAGCCAACUGUCGCUUUUCUGUUUGUCAUAACCAGGGUUGGAGUCAAUUCCUUUUUUUCAGUUCCAAUUCCUUGACCCCAACCCUGGUCAUAACAUCCUGGUGACUGUUUUUUAAAAAAAGUUACAUUUCACCCCCUGUGGCCUCAAUAGAGCUCUCAAACAUGUCUUCUCACUGAAGUGCAGUCAUGCACCACAGUGUACAACACUUUUUAAAAACCUUUUAUAAAGUCACCAGGAGUGGAUGAAUGAAACGGAAAAUUAUUUCAAAAAUUGUAAAAAUAAAGUAAAAAAUAAAAAUGCAUUCGUUUCAAACCUGCACCAGCCUGUCCAGUCCCUGAUUCCCUUUCAUAUGUAAUGUAAACACCAAGGGUAAUUGCCUAUUUAUUUAAUACUUGAUUAUGCCAUGUAAUGCACCAGACUGGCACCUCUUGUGUUGGAGAGAGGGGGCAAACAGUUCUGUAGAGGGGCUGCAGGCUUGUUUUUACCUCCUGCGGGUUGUUCAAACCCUGGUAAGAGAGGCUGGAGUUUCAGUCCUUGAAUGUCAGUAAACAUUUAAUUUCUUUUAGUGCAUUGCUGAAUGUCCAGUUAUUUCAUACUAGUUUAUAUCCUGUAUAUCUAUACUGUGUGUUCUUUUUUGGAAUGAUUGGAAUGAUGGCUUUUUUAAAUCUAUAUAUAUAUAUAUAUAUAUAUAUAUAUAUAUAUAUAUAUAUAUAUAUAUAUAUAUAUAUAUAUUCCCAUUUUAAGAAUCUAUAUCUGGAACAAUUUAGUGCGUGCAAUGAAUUGUAUUUAUUUGAUUCUUUUUUUGUGCAUGAUAUUUUGAAAUGGUGCUUUGGAUCACUUUUUUAAUUUGUAGUUUUUAUUUGAUUUAUUAUUUUUAUUGAAUAUCAGUACAGUGUGUGUAUAAUAUAUAUAUAUAUAAAUUGCAUCGACUGUAUUUCAGUUCAAUAAUAAAGUGUAGUAUAAUUUC